CAGACCGUUUUAAUAUUAUUUACAUAUUCGAUUGGUUGCUUGGCGCGUAAGGCAUACGCUUGGUGGUAUAACAUAAACUCUGCGCAUUUGGAUAAAAGCAAAAGGGCAGUAAUUCAAAGAAAAAGUGAAAAGGAUGAAUUGUUGUGCCAUUGUUGCAGUAGUUGCAGUAGUAGUGGCGCUGGCUGCCGACAGCAUUUUCGCUCAAGCAACACAAUCGGCGGCUGGUUUGGCGCUUGAUAUGUACGAUACGUGCCUGAAGGAUUUCAACACAGACUGCGUGAAACCUAAAGCUAUGCAUUGGUUCAACGUUGCAGUGAAGCAAAAUGAAAUCUUAUUAACUGAUCAGUUAUCUCUUGUUCGCACUGGUGGUGCAGUAACCAACAACGAACAACGCAGCUUACAAACUGAGGAAAGAAUAUUUGAGAAUAUUGAGAAUUUCCUAAACAAUCAUGCCCUACGCUUUAGAGCUCCCGAAUAUUUCCAAAGUGCAGAAGGCCGCUCGUUAUUGCCUGAUUUCCUUAUGAACAGUCCCCUAACUAAUGGCGCAAUAAUUCCCUUAACGGAUGCAUCUAGCAGUGAAAGUCGAGGUUUUAUGCGUAAGGCGGUAUUACCUUUUCUGAUAGGUUUGAAACUGAAAACUACCGUUUUGGUGCCGUUGGCUCUUGCCUUGAUCGCUUUAAAAACUUGGAAAGCCAUGACCUUAGGUCUAUUAUCCCUCGUAUUAUCUGGCGCUUUAGUGGUGUUCAAAAUAACAAAGCCCAAGAUUGUUAACUACGAAGUGGUGCAUUAUCCUCAUCAUGUUGAUCACAUUGAACAUUUGCCACAUCAUCAUAUCGAACAUAUUGUGCCACAUCAUCAUCACGUCGAACAUGUCGUACCGCAUCAUGUGGAGCAUGUGGUGCCACAUCAUGUCGAGCACAUUGUACCGCAUCAUUUGGACCAUCAUCUUGAUCACCAUUUGGAUCUACCCCAUCACGUUGAUCACGUUGAGCAUUUGGAACAUACCGCACCCGCUUGGGAACCGCAUACUUGGGCUCGCUCUUCGCAGGAAAUUCACGGCGAUGCCCAGGACAUGGCUUUCGCUGGCCAACGGAAGCGUUAAUUGCAUAUACCUUCCCUUCGCUUUCGUAUUUACCUCUCUCUCUCUCUCGUUGUCUCUCUCACUCUCUGGCUCUCUCUCACUUACUCUCUAUCUGUCUGUCCCUC